AUGGAGCCGGGGGGAGCGGCGGCGGUGCCGGAGGGGUUCCACGUCCUGGGUUAGUCUCCCCGAUUCCCCCCGGGCGGAGUGAAAGUUAGGGGGGGGCGGUUGACUUUUUUUUUUUUUCCCCACCUUCUCCCGCAGUGACUGUGCGGCGGAGGGAGCAAGGCGUGGGUGCUGCGGCUCGGUUAAAUAGUGCCGGGGCAAAGUUUAGGGGGGAGAAAAGUUGUUGCAAGUUCGGGGUGUCUCGCGGCGAGUGUGGGGAGGAGGAAGGAGCCCGGGCACCGUCUGCAGCAGCAGGGUAAGCCCCCUCCCUCCCUCUAAUGGCCGCUCUCCUUUAUUUGGAGAAGGGAGUCACAUGGGGGGGAGCCAUGACUAUCAGCCACCCCAGUGCCAUGCAGCUUGCCCAGCCUGUGCCAAGCAAGGACCCCACCUUGGGCUACCACAUGCAUACCCUGGGCUAGUGAUAUCCCUGCCCCCAUGCAUUAACUCCUGCACCCCUUGUAAGCCAUUACCCUAAUGCUGUAUGCAUUGCAUGUGCUCUUCCUUUGCAGCCCCCCUCUCUUUCUUUAUUUCCCACAUCAUGCAGAUAUUUCUCAUUCCCUUUGCAUUUUUUUUUUUUUGCUAAAUGCAACAUGUAACUUUUUUUUUUUUUUUUAAUUUACUUUUUUUUUCUCACAAUUUUUUUUUAAUUUUUUUUUAUUGCUAGCUAAAAAAGAAUGCUUGCUGCAUUUGGUUUUUAAUUUCAAACUUUAGAAAUCAUCUGAAUUUUUCUGGUCUCUCUUUCUCUUGUCUCUACCAUCUUAAUUGCAUGUAUUCCAAACUCGUUUUUCUUCCCCCAUUUUACAAUUCUUCUUUGAAAUGUAGUUUCUGUUUUGCCAAAAUGGGAUCAAACCUAGGAAAAGCAACAACUAAUAUUUUAUUGCUUUGUAGUUUUAGGGUUUGUUGAAUAGUUUUUAUAUUUUGUACAUACAGUUUAGAUAGUCUUAUAUAUGUUGGUUUUUUUUUUUUGUUCUGUAAAGAGCAUUAGUUGAACAGAAGACAUUUCUAGUUGUAAUUGGUGAUACUUUUGUACCUGCUGUUUGGAAUUUUUAUUGAUUUCCAUAUGAUCAAAUAGACUAAGUUGUUGAUGUUUUUGUUGUGGGUUUUUUUUUUUUUGGGGGGGCGUUUGUCAAUAUUGAGGAUUUGAAUUUGUUGACCUGCAUACUACUUUACUUGUUGACAAUAUUGACCUAUUUUAAGGAAAACGUACAACUUACAUGAUAAUGGUCUAACUUUUUUUUUUUUCGUGUCCUGCUCGUGUCAAAAGUAAGGUGUAAGCAAAAUCAUUUUAGUAAAGUGCUUAUCAAGUUUAUGCUGUCUCAGAUUGGAAGAUACAGGGUUUGUGUGAAUGGUUAGCAUUGCGCAUGAGUAAUAUUGACAUGUCGUUCUUUGAAUGAUCAAAUGGAAGUUCUCGAAAUCCCCCAAAAGUUCUCAACUUUGUUGUACUGAUUCAUUUUACUUGGAGAAAAUAUAAUUAGGUGGUAGUUUCCCGAUCAUGCAAUAUCCUUGGAAGGCCGUCAAUGGCAUGUAUAUCAAACUUUUUUUUCUUUCUGUAGCUGUGUAUUGAUGUCAUAAAAUGUACUGCUUCUGCAGGUUAGGUAGACUGGUUACGCUGGUUGAGGUGUCAUGACUUUGGUCAAUAUACAUUAUAUUUCCUGCUGACUGCAUACCAGGUUUGGUAUUCCUAAAGGUAGUAUAGUAACAUGUGUGAUGUAAACUGUACCUAGGAAAAAACAUCUGUAUAUUCUCAAAUGUAUUAAAAAUUAUUAUGCAGCUUAUUUAAAGGCCUUUUAUCUAGAUUAAUGACGCAGUCAAGAAAAUUAAAUUUUAUAUUUGUCAGAGCCCUUUAACAAUCACCAAGAUUACACGUUAAGGAUAAUUUUAUACAUUUUAUCUAAGGACAAGCGGAGUUUUAAAUUUUGAAAGAACUGGGUGGAGGUGUAGUUGGAUGAGAAAUUGAGUUGCUGAAUUUAUUGGCAAGGUUUACAUUCAAGUAGAUUUUUUUCAUGUUGUCUCUAAAAUUGUGUACUUUCUGUGAACUACAGAUACUUUAUUCUGAUUUCAUAGCAUUAGCUGACACUCUGAUCGUGAAAUGGGGGGGAAAUUUAAACUUUUUUUUUUUUUUUUAUAUAUAACACACAUUCUUUGGAGUAUAUGUAGGAUCCCUCCACAGGUGUUAAAAUGGUUCCACAUUGACCUUUGCACCACAAGCAACACACAGAAUUCUCAAGCUUUGGAUCUAGCAUGGAAUUCUCAAAUAGAAUCUAGCCUGUCAGAUCAGUUUGUCAUUGAGUCAAGGUGCAACCAUAUAGUGUCAAAGUAUUCUGUGAGAUGUAAAGGAGACUGAAACACAUGUGAAUGGCUUUUCACUAAGAAGGAGCAGUUCUAGUAUAAGCAUAUAGUGGGUAUGCUAGGUCCUAACCUUAAAUAUUUGUCUCUAAAUUCGUAUUCAUCAUCAGAAAUUAAAUGUUGUCGGGGUGGGGGGAUGGGGGACGGACAUACUAGGAGAGGACACAUGAUGUAAUUGUCAGUUUAGUUUCUGACAUCUUUAUUCCUUUCACUUAAGUCACUAUUAUGUUGUGUCAAGUUUAUUCUACCUGAUUACAAAUCAUUAUGGCAAAAAUGUCUUUGCCACAGAGCUGUGUGUCUUGGAAAUAUCUUUCUUUGCAUUUAAUACAGUAACACUACAACUGUAUACAUUGUUUAAAUUGAGAACUAAUAGUUGUGUUGGCCAAUUAGAUAGAUAGAAGUGGAAGCUAUUGUGGAGUUGAAAGUAUUCUUGGUAAUCUGUAUUGUAUUAAAAUGUAAUCGUAGAAUUUUAUCCACUAAGAUCAGCAGUAAAGCAACAAGUGCUGUGCUUAGUCUUGCCAGGAACUGUAGUGAAUUGCAAAAUUUAGGCCAUAAGAUAUGGUUUAGAUGUAAGUUUUAUCUUUGCUAUUGACAAAGAUAAUUUGAGCUUAGUUAUCUAUUAUUAUUUUUUUUUUUUUCAGUUCACUACAAUUUGGUGUUUGAAUAAACCCUAGUUGUGGCAUAUUUCAGAGAUUAUUAUUAUUAUUAUUAUUAUUAUUGCCAUUUUUUUUUUUUAUAGCACCAACAUAUUCCGUGCGCUUUACAAUAUUAGGAGAGGGGGGAUUUAACUAUAAAUAGGACAAUUACAAGAACUUAAAGGAAUGAUGGGUUGAAGAGGACCCUGCUCAAACAAGCUUAGUCUAUAGGAGGUGGGCUGCAAAACACAAUAGGACAGGAAUAGCAAUCAAAUAAGGUGGGAGUGAAGCAGAGCUGGAGGAGAGAGUAGAGUGCUGCCCUUUAGGAGAGAGCAAGAGACAGGUAUGUGAGGUAGAGGUUACUCUGGGAGGCCAUAAGCUUUCCUAAAGAGAUGGGUUUUAAGGCACUUGUUAAAUGAUUGAAAACUAGGGGCAGAGUCUGAUGGCGGUAGGCAGGCUAUUACAUAGGAAGGGAGGCGAACGCGAGAAGUGCUGCAAGCGUGAGUUGCCCGUACGGGUGUAAACGGCGGACAGGAGAAAGUCACGGGCAGAGCGGAGAGACCGAGAAGGGGCAUACCUAUGGAUCUAUGAAGAGAUAUAAGGGGCUAUAAUUGUUUAGUGAUUUAUAGGUACGGGUUAGCACUUUGAAUUGACUCCUAUAGGAUACAUGAAGAGCGAUGUGUGAGAGGGCCAACUAGAGAGGAAAAGAAGACUGGAGGCAGCAUUCAUUACAGACUGUAGCAGGGCAAUAAGGCUUUUGGGAAGACCAGUUAGGAGAGGGUUACAAUAAUCCAUGCAGGAAAUUAUUAGAGCAUGGUAGCAUCUUGCGUAAGAAAGGGGCAGAUGCGGGCUAUGUUUUUAAGAUGGAAUCUAUAGGAUUUGGCAACAUGUGAGGCCAGGAUCAAGUAUGACACCAAGACAGCGCGCUUGCAAGGAUGGACUUAUGUGGAUACCACUAACUUGAAGGGAGGCGAAAGAGGAUCAGUAUUAGGAGGAAGAAAGACAAGGAGCUCAGUUUUUAGAGAGAUUGUUUCAGAAAGCGGGAGGACAUCCAGUUACAGAUGGAAGAAAGGCAAGCGGUGACACGUUGCAGGGGAGAGGUCCGGGGAGGAGAUAUAUAUAUAUAUAUUAUUAUACUCUCUAUCUCUGGUUGUCCUCCUCGUACAAGAGAAAAUAGAAGGGGACCAAGGACAGAGCCUUUGGGGACUACAACCGAGACAGGAGGAGGUAUCAUUAGAAAAGGAGACACUGAAUGAGCAUUGGGAGAGAAAAGAGGAAAACCAAGAGAGGACAGUCACAGAGACAGUGAUUGAAGAGUUUGAAGAAGGAGAGCAUGAUCAACUGUGUCAAAGGCAGCAGAGAGGUCAAGAAGAAUUAGUAUGGAGUAGUGGCAUUUGGAUUUAGCUGCGAUUAGGUCUGCAUAAAAGCUAUGUUAUGUGGAACAAAAUGUGGUCUAUUUAAUGUAUUCUGGUUGCUCCUUUUUUUUUGGAUCCAACUUAUACCUUGUUUCUAACCUGUUUAUCAUAAUUUUUAAAUUGGAGUAUGAAACAGUUCUGAACCAGCUAUGCUCGAAGUAGUUUGACUCUAUUCAAAGAGCAUGCUCUAUGUGAUUGCACUUUUCACAGUUCACUUUACUAACUUUAAGUAAUAGUGUUGUUUAAUAUGUUUUGUUUUACACUGUAUUUUGUUUUACUUAGGUUCUUUGGGUCAUUUUCAGAAGACAAUGGAAGAGAUGUAAACAAACAGUAA